UCCUUUCUGGCCUUUUCUCGGAAACCACAAAGAAAAUUUGUCAUUUCCUUUUCCCUCACUUUCUUGGCAACCAAACAAUAGUACUCAAAUACUCUCUCUGAAAAUCCAGAAAAAUUCCUAGCAAAACAGAGUAAGUGUCUCAGAAAAUCUCAAUACAUUUUUUUAUCUUCAACCUCAAGCUAAAAACUAAAACUCCUUUGUAAACCCAUACCCACGUCAAGCACUCUCUGAAAUACUGUCAAAGAAUUCAUCGCUCGCAUCGUCAUCAAGCGUACCCACCUUCCCAACACUAAUUAGUUCAGCCCGAAGGUCCUUUGUUUUUGAGUUGCUAUUAUUAUUAUAAUUGAGAUAUGCAGAAAUUGGGUGAUUUUAAGCUACCCCACUUCUUCAAUUACCCUCCAUACUUCACCUUGCAGCCUGUAAGGGACACCCGUGAGAAGCAGGUACAACUUUGGAAGGAUCUUAUCCUUGACUACUGUAGAACACAAAAGAUAUUUGUGAUUGGACUGGAAGAAGAUUUUGCACUAUUUUCAAAUCCUGUGAUUGAAAGAUCUCUAAGUCAUGAAGCCAGGGAAGCAUUCCUCUCAGCAUUAGUUUCAGAAGGACGUGCAGAGUGGUUGGAUAAGGGACAUAGGAAAUGUUUAAUUCUCUGGCACCGUGUUCAAGAUUGGGCUGACAUUAUCUUCCGCUUUGUAAAAGAUAAUGGGUUGGAGGACAGUGUUAUGACAGUCGAGGAAAUACGUUCAGGGAUUGAAUCUCGUGGAACAGAGCUUCAUGGGAUUGACCGGACAAUACUAAUGCGAGCUUUGAGAGUGCUAGAACAAAAGGGGAAGCUUGCUAUAUUCAAGGGAACCUCGGCUGAUGAUGAAGGCGUGAAAUUCUCCAUGUAAUCCCUUCAGUUUGCUUUCUUUCUACAGAAUCAUAUAUAAUCAGGCAAUGCUGACUGUUGCUUCUGGUCUGUUAUAAAUGUUAUUGUUGGUCUCAUUGAGUUUCUUUGAAUCUGUUUUGGGCAUUUGUCAGUUGGUGGAGACUAGCAGCUGAUGAUUUAACCUUGUCAAAGAAUAAAUUUGUGUCUUCCUUUUUA